GGUUCGGGGAGCCCCACCUGCGGCAGCUGGAGAUGCUGCGGCAGGCGACCGGGCUGCUGAAGACGCUGCACCAGGCCCUCCGCGUGCAGCUUGACCAGAUGGAGUGGUACUCCAUCGCCGAGGGCCUCAAGAUGGCCGCAGCGGUGGACCUGGACCUGAAGGGGUCGGUGUCGGACGAGAACUCAGACCACUUGGAUGCCUUCAGGGACACCUUCAAGGAGCUCCUGCAGGUCAUCGUGCUGGAGCCCAUCGCGCGCGCGGGCCAGGGUGCAUACGACCGCGGCGGCGACGACGCCGCCGCUGCUAGGAGGUGUGAGCAGGCCAGGGAGCUGUUGGCGAGCGCUGACUCCUUCGUCAAGGA